AUGUCUUCUCGGGCUCACCAAGCAUUGGCCGAUGCUGAUAGCCAAAGUAGUUCUCUCAUAUCAAACUUGGAGGACCUGGCUCGGGAGGAGCAUUAUCAUCGAGGCAGAGCAGUGAGCAUAUUAAAUUCUCAGCUUGCCGACCAUCACCAGCGACUUUCGGACUCUGUCCUGGCUACGUUAUUGAUCCUCUGUCUAUUCCAUGGAUGUGAUACUGGUGUCGCCCAAUUCAAGACCCAGUAUGCCGGAGUAAUGAAACUCUUGGCUAUCCGAAUGCGCACUUCAUCAGAAAUACCGGAGGACUUGAAAUGGUUCAUUCGGGUCUUUACAUGGUACGAUACGAUGACUGCUAUAACGAAUGACCGGGAGGCACAGCUUCGCGGCGUUUGCUUGCAAAUAGCGUCAUCGGCUGAUAGCGAGCGGGGUUUGGAAAUUCUUACCGGAUGUGAUACGCAGAUUUUUAGAUAUGUAGCCCAGCUGGGCCGCUUGAACUUCCUGAGCCAGAACAGAGAAGUAACUACGCCUGCGCUAUCGGAACUGUCCCUUCCAUCUGCCGCCGUCCCACCGUCGAUGGCCUAUGCUGGAGUAUCAACAGCAGCACAAGACAUGCCUGGAACGAUUUGUUUGUCCCAGUUGUCUCGAUCAGAUGCCGGCGAGAAGGGUCGAUCUUCAAUGUCGUCCGCCUUCUGGGCUGAGUGGUUUUCGCUGCGGCAAAAGCUUGUCUCCUGGCGUCUCAAUCUUCAGGCUAGCACGCCAGCAUGUGCCGUAGAGGCACCCAUUGUAGAUGUGAUGGGCAUGAAUCCAAGUCUGAUGGCAUCUCGUGAAGCACAAACUCAGGACACCGCUCCAACACGGCACCUGGACGAUGUGUACCACAUAUCCGAGUGUUUUCGCCAUGCGGCCAUGCUCUACACCGAACGAUUGGCACACCCGCACCUGCCAUCUUCCCAUCCUCAGUUCCAAACCCUCGUUGAUCUUACGAUGCAACAUAUUGCGGCGGUCAAAUCAGAUGUCUACCUACUUUGGCCCUUAUUCAUUGCUGGUUCCGAAUGUGUGCUUGAGAGCCAUCGCUCCACAAUCCGCCAGCGAUGUAGGGACAUAGCGAGGGACUCGGGUUUUCUCAAUAACAUAUCGUGCCUCGAGGUGUUGGAGAGAAUUUGGCUUGAUGAUUCGCCUGAUGAUGGAUUGGACUUUUCUCCUCAAAUCUUGAACGGCGUCAACCCUGUGCUCUUGGCGGAGACCUUGUCUGCUCGUUCAGCGCCGGACGGGUCUAACGUCUCCUCUGUCUGGGUGUCUACUGAAAAGAAAGGGCUCCGUUGGCACAAGGCCAUGAAAGCAAAUGGAGCUGGUGGAGAAUACAUGGUUGUAUGA